AUGGAUGCUUACUCAAUCUCCUUCACUAGUCCUUCUCAAAGGAGUAUCUCGCGUAUCUGGAAAGACCUCAAAUCCUGUCGCCAGUACAGCAUCAUGGAAAUGCCAGUCGAAGACCUGUCAGAGCAACCAACCCUAGAGCAGAGGAUAGGAGAGCGCCGAGCGAGGAAUUUCAGUCGUAAACCCCAUGUCGGAGUAAUUGGGGCCGGUCUUGCUGGGUUGCGUUGCGCAGAUAUUCUACUUCGUUAUGGGUUUGAAGUGACUUUGAUUGAGGGAAGGAAUCGACUCGGUGGUCGGGUACAUCAGUCAAAAUUGCCAUCAGGACAUAACGUGGAUGCCGGACCAAAUUGGAUUCAUGGCACUAGCGACAAUCCCAUCUUGGAUCUCGCUAAAGAAACAAAAACCGCUGUGGGUAAGUGGGAAGAGGCGGGCUCUCUCUUUGAUGAAGCGGGUAAGUUGAUAAGCGCCGCCGAGGCCGCAAUCUACUCGGAUAUCAUGUGGCGUAUUGUGUCAGAUGCGUUUGAGUACAGUAAUAAGUACUCCGCAACAAUCAGCCCCGAUGAAAGUCUUUGGAAUUUCUUCGAAAGGGAGGUUCCUAAACGAAUACCGGAGAGCGACGAAGACUUCGAGAAGAAGAGAAAUUUAGUCUACCAGAUUGCCGAUCAGUGGGGCGCAUUUGUCGGAAGCCACAUUUUCACACAAAGUCUCAAGUUCUUCUGGCUAGAAGAGUGUAUAGAGGGAGAGAACCUGUUUGUUGCAGAUACAUACGAAAAGAUUCUUCAACUUGUCGCAAAGCCAGCUGUCGAGGGUGCGGAAAUAAAAUACAAGACAAUCGUCAAUAAAAUUCGGAGUACCGAUAAUGACGGCGAAGCGCUGAAAGUCCAUACUGAAGGCGGGGAAAGCCUAGAGUUUGAUGAAGUUGUUCUAACCGCACCGCUUGGAUGGCUAAAACAACACUCCGACGCCUUCGAACCCCCACUACCGUCAAGACUCACCAAAGCCAUUAAGAGCAUAGGUUAUGGCUGUCUUGAGAAGGUCUACAUUAGCUUCCCAAAAGCAUUUUGGGGCCCAACUAGCCCUGGGGAACACAAAAUGCAGGGGUUAUGUCAGAUGCUAGCGCCUCAAUAUGCCACCGACUUAAAUCCACACAAAUGGAACCAAGAAUUCGUCGAGUUGACUUCUCUUGAAUCCUCGGCUUCCCAUCCAACCUUGCUAUACUACUUCUACGGAGAUCAGUCGAAAUUCAUCACUAGCGAACUGGCGAAACUCUCCUCGAAGGAGAAGCAGGAUGCAUUCCUCUUGAGUUGGUUCAGACCGUAUUAUUCGCGUCUUCCCCACUAUGAUGAGAGCUCCCCGAAUUGCCAACCAACGGGCUGUUACGCCACUGAAUGGCUCAACGACGACCUUGCGGGCAACGGUAGCUAUAGUAACUUCCAAGUAGGGCUUGAGGAGGGCGAUGAGGACAUCAAGGUCAUGCGGGAGGGCCUACCCCAUCACGGUCUCUGGUUAGCCGGUGAGCACACGGCUCCCUUUGUGGCUCUUGGAACAGCCACAGGUGCUUACUGGAGCGGCGAAUCGGUCGGCAAGAGGAUUGCACAGGCUUACUCUAGAGAAGAAGGUGGCAUCAUGGUUCUAAAUUAG